AUGAUGCUUCUCCUUUGUUGGCUCUGCCUCUUUGGGGCCCACUUUGUAACAGCCCAAUUUCAAAACAUCAUCCCAGGAGGAAAUGACCUGACAUUCACAAUCCACGUUCCUGAAACUACGGCAAAUUCGGGGAAGGGGCCGAUAUUCUUUCAGAUGAAUUCUACCAGCCCGGUAAAAUGGUUCGCACUCGGACAAGGAACUGGAAUGAGCGGAGCCAACAUAUUCGUUGUGUAUACAGCUGGGAGCAGCAGCGACAACGUGACAGUCUCGCCCCGCCUUGGAAAGGGCCAUGUUGAGCCAGAACAUAAUUCGGAUGCAGAUGUGUCCGUGCUUAGUGGUAGUGGAUUCUUCAAUCAGGAAAAAAUCACGGCCAAUAUUCGAUGUGAUAGUUGUAUAAGUUGGGAUGGGGGCAGUUUGGAUUUGACCAGCAGCUCGAGUCCAUGGAUUUGGGCUGUCAAAUAUGGGGACCCAUUGAGUACGGAUAGUGUAUCAGCAGAGCUGACCGAGCACGACGACAAGGGAACCGCCACUGUCAACCUGAAGAAAGCGACGGGUGCUUUGUCAACAAGUUCGGACUCGAGCGCCAACCCAUUUGCUGUUUUGUCGAGCGCAACGGUCACAUCGGCAGAAACCGAGGAUUCCGUUGAUGGGAAAAGUUUAAAGAAGCGACAAUUGGCCCAUGCGAUUUUGAUGAUCUUGGUCUUUGUGAUCUUCUUGCCAUUCGGGGCGCUGGCGCUCUAUGUUUUCCCAUCAACCAUCAUGACGCACGCGGUUUUGCAGCUCGUCAACCUGGUGAUGGCAAUUGCAGGAAUGGCACUUGGAAUCACAAUGGCUCAAGAUCUGGAUUUGAUGCACAAUCACCAUCCCAUCAUUGGGAUGAUCGUGGUUGCCGGUCUGGUCGUUUUCCAACCCGCGAUGGGACUUUUGCAACACCGGCAUUUCCGCAAAAGUGUCGGGGAUGGAAGUUCUGGGAAGGGGAUAUUUGCAUAUUUGCACCGAUGGUUUGGCCGCAUGAUGAUCGUACUGGGAAUCAUCAACAUGGGACUCGGGUUCCAAUUAACCGGGUUCCAGGAUCCAUAUUCGCCGCGAGGGGCGGUGAUAGCAUGCAGUGUUGUGGCUGGGAUAGUGGCAGUGUAUUUACAUCGCAAGACUCUCCAUGAUAAGCCCUCGGUUCAUAUCACCUACGAUGAAGGAAUUCAGAUCACCCGACAGUUUCUAUACUUUGCCUCCAAGCACCCUGUCGAAGAUAUUCAAGCCUUCACAAGCCAAUGGGUCCCGAGUCCGCAUUGGGUAAGAACCGAGACAGUUAUAAUCCCCGACGACGAGCUCUCGACUGCCGGAAAAGCUAUUUCUAAGCAGCUCGGUCCGAAGGGUAUCCAGCGGGUCGGCGGCGAGGAAUGGUGGCAAUGGCGAGGUCCAUCGGAGGACCUCAAGGGAGAGUGGAUCGAGAUGCGCAAUCAUUACAAUGAGAACAAGAAGGCCAAUGUUCGAAGCAAUCGCAUUAUGCUCUACAUCCACGGCGGUGCAUACUUCUUUGGAAGCGUGGACACCCAUCGGUACAUGAUGCAGCGCCAUGCGCGUAAGCUCAACGGUCGCGUGUUCGCUCCGGAGUAUCGUCUUGCUCCCCAGUUUCCCUUCCCAUGCGCAUUGCAAGAUUGCCUGGCAUCAUAUUUGUGGCUGUUGAAACAUUACGACUCGAAGGAAAUAAUUAUUGCGGGCGACUCGGCGGGUGGAGGCAUGGCGCUGUCGUUAAUGGUCAUUAUGCGCGAUCAGGGGAUCCCCUUGCCCGCUGGGGCGAUCCUCAUUUCCCCAUGGGUGGACCUCACCCACUCCAUGCCCAGCAUCGUCGCAGAUAAUCCUGGUGAUUAUAUUCCUCCUUAUGGUUUCCGACACAAGCCAUCGACGGCUUGGCCGCCGCCGAAUGCCGAUGAAAUCUUGAAAAUCAAGCAACUCUCCCACCAACCUACCCUCACUGCAAAAGACGUGGAUAAAACAGUCCCGGCCCCUAAUAGCAAUGCGGAGGAGACAGCCGUUCAUGGAUAUACACUACAUGAGAAGAAAGCGAUCGCUCCAGGACAUGCAUACCCCGGGAUGCAACAAAGCAUGGACCCCAACACCGUGCACGCCGAGCCUGAUAAUAUCCACAUUCAACUGGAGGGCAAGACGGUCGAACUCAAGGAUCAAAUCCAGAUGUAUACCACCAACCAACUCAUUUCGCAUCCAUUGGUUUCUCCGAUUCUUCAACCAUCUUUAGGUGGCCUUCCCCCACUCCAGAUCCUCAGUGGUGGUGGUGAAAUGCUUAGAGACGAGCAGUUUUACAUUGCACACAAGGCCGCCAAUCCUACUGCCUACCCUCCGAGCGACGUCUACCUCGAUGAAUUCGACCCUGACCGUGAGCUUCUGAACAAAUACGAGCCCACCUACGUGCAGUUCCAAGUUUGGGAAAACCUGUGCCAUGUCGCGCCGACAUUCAGCUUUAGUCGGCCUGCCAAGUAUAUGUUCCGAGUCAUCUCACAGUUCGGAUCGUGGGCACUCGCCCGGGCCCAGAAUGCCGAGGUGGAAAUUGUCGAUGAGAGUCAGUUUUCCCCAGUGUCCUCCAGUGGCUCGGAUGGCAGCUCAAGUUCUCGUCCUCAUGAUGGUGCGAAGAUCCCUAGGACAGAUACGGGGAUCUCUUAUGUCGGAAGAGCAGGGGAUCCUUUGCCCGCCUUCUCCCAUCAUAUGUUGCGUGAACGGGUUGACAAACGCGGGCGUACUUAUCCAUUGGAUCCCCCAUCGUCUUAUCCUAUUCUAGAUACUCCUCCCGAUAAAGUUGGCGCAAUUAACCCGGAGCUUAUUUCAAAGUGGCUAGCUGCGAAGCAUGAAUGGGACACGAAAUUUUCCAAGGAGAAGCUCCGGGUUCAGGGCCGACGCAUUAAAGAGAUGGCACAUGGUCUGCAGGAUUUCAACGGUGAAUGUCCUCCACCAAGCUCUUUGGCUGCUCGACGGGCCGCCCCUGGCGCACUGCCCAAACGUCACGCCAAGAAGAACUACGGAUUGAUGUUAUGGAGUGGCUGGGGCAGCAAGCACGAUGAGCGGACUCUCGAAAAAGAGCAACAGGCCCAGAAAUCUGGCCGUCGCUCAACUCGUACUAGUGUGGAUGCUGGUCAAGCAGGCUCAUAUUCGAGCAAGCCCGCGAAGAACAAAGAUGCUCACGCCAACAAAGCUUCACAGGCUACCGCUGCUGGUGCAGGUGUUGUCACUUGGGAUACUGCGAGUGAGCCGAAGCAAUCGAAUGGGGAUUUCAAAUCUGGGCGCAUUUCUACCGACCCAGAAACUGCUUCUCGGCCAAUUUCGCAGAAAAGUGGUGGCCCGAUCCUCAUUCUACCUGAGGUUGACAACCACAAGCUGCAAGACGACAGCGCAAGCACAAGAGCUCUUUUCCAUGCCGCGAUGACUUCAAAUGCUUCACUACCUUACCUGAACGGUCGUCCAUCUUCAGUAGCUGAUCGCAGCGACUUUUUGUCCGACGAUGCUAGUACCAUUGGUGGCGAGAAGGAUGUCGGCAUCCCCAAUGGUGUCUCCCCAGACGCAGCUAGCACCAGGGCAGUAAGAAACGUCAGGGGUGUUAGCGACGUUGUCAUUCCCAACGAAGACGGACGUUUCUCGACCGACACAUCAUCACUACGCCCUGGGCCCUCUGUUGACGAGGCCCGAAAUUCAACUUCCCAUCGCCCGGAUAUGCCUGAUCGUGAAGUCUUCAAGACUGCCGAUGAACAUCUUUGA